GGGGGGCGGGGCCUCCCCUGAGAGCCGAAGAUGGCGCCGCCCAGACGCGCCCGGGCCCGUGGGCGCUGCCGGAGCCCGGCCGGGGCUCCCCCGGGGUGAGGAAGGUACCACCCGGCGGGGCGAGUGCCCUGGCAGCUCCGCUGCCCCGCUGCCGGCCGACAUGGACCAGCGCCUGGCCGAGCUGGUGGAGGAGCUCACCACCUCCGGAGAGCCGCGGCUGGAGCCGGGCAGGAUGAAGGAGCUGAAGAAGAUCUGCAAGUCGUCGGAGGAGCACAUCAGCCACGCCUUCCACCUGCUGGUGGCGCGGCUGCAGGAGGAGCACGCCGAGAUGCGCUUCUCCGCCUUCCAGGUGGUGCAGGAGCUCUUCGCCAGGUCCCACCAGUUCAGGACGCUGCUCAUCGCCAACUUCCAGGAGUUCCUGGAGCUCACGGUGGGCAUAGACCACGAGCAGCCCCUUCCCCCGCCCAAGGAGGUGGCGCAGAAGCUGAGGAAAGCGGCCAUCAAGGCGGUGCAGGACUGGCACGAGAAGUACGGGGAGGCUUACAAGCAGCUUUCCCUGGGAUACCACUUCCUAAAGCGGAAUAAGAAGGUGGAUUUUCAAGAUGUGCACGCCAGAACCGUGGCUGAAAGGAGGAGGGAGGAGGAGAGGCAAAAACGGUUGGAUAACGUUUACAAAGAAAAAGUCAGAAGAACUGAAAAAGAAAUGGAAGAAAUGUCCCAAGAGAUUGCUGAUACACUGACAGAGAUGGAAAACUGUUUCCAGCUUCUGAUGCCAGAUCCUUUCAACUUCGCUGUGAACGACACGGAACUGGAACCCAACAAACAAAUGUCUGCAGCCCCCUCAUCCUCCCGUGUGGAAGUUGACCAGUCCUGUUUUGGGUACAUGGAUGAUGAACAGCCAUGCUGCAGCAAGGACAUUCUUCCUGUUUCUCAGUGUGUCAGAACUGAUGGAAACAAAGAGUCAGAUGAGAAACAGGAGAAGCCUGAGCAGAAAGAGUUGGAUGGAGGCACCAGCUCAGAAGUUCUGUCCAGUGACCCUGCUCUUGAUGAUGAUGAUUACCAGACUUUUGUUAGGAACCAUGGGCUUAUUUCACAUAAGUACACUCUAGACCUUGAAAUCUCCACAGAUAUAAAAGUGCAAGAGAAUGAAGAUAACACUGCCAUCAUAAACAGUGUCAUGGAUGCUCACAAACUUCUCAGAAAUAAGUUCUGGCCUUCUGUGCAGUCCUGGAUUCAGUUACUUACCAGAGCAGGAGUCAAUGAUGAUCGACUAAGAUGUGCCAUUGAACUCAAGAAUAAACUGGAGACUGCUAUGAAGAAAUACAAGGAAAUGAACAUUUCCUUCAAAGCAAGAAAAAGAAAAGUGAUGAAAGCCUCGGAUGAUGACGACGAGGACGAGGAUGAAGAUGACUUUGUGGAGGUCCCUGAGAAGGAAGGUUAUGAGCCCCACAUUCCAGACCACCUGCGUAAGGAGUAUGGGCUAGAACCCCAGGCAGCUCCAAAAGCUCCGGUGGGGAAGGUGUCAGCAGGACCAGCUCCACUGAGCUCCCGCGCGCAGCCAAAAGGGAACGAAGAUGAACUUGAUCCAACCUGUGCAGCUGCCACACUGAAACUCAUUAGAGACAAACUGCCAAAGGUACCACCUCCUCACACCAGUGAAUCUGCAGCUCCUGAGGCAGCAGCCUUGGAAGAUCCUGACGGUAAGAGAAGAAAACUAGAGGAAGAAAGAGCUAAAGCUCCCCUCAUGCCUUUUGGAUUAGAUCUUCACUACUGGGGAGAGGAUCAGCCAAGUGCUGGGAAGAUUCUCAAAUUUACAUCUGAGCAUCGAUUUUGGGCACCCAGUGAAGUAGAGGAAGAGGUGGAAAAUAAAGAAAUAACGGAAAUGUUAAAAACUAGAUAUAUAACAUUCGCUGGCAAGUUUGAGCCAGUGAAACAUAAGUGUCGGGCACCAAUGCCCGAUGGGAGUCUGUGUGAAAGGCAAGAUCGGGUUAAGUGCCCUUUCCACGGAAAGAUAAUUCCUCGGGAUGACUCUGGGAUUCCUGUGAACGCAGAGGACAGAGCCAGAGAAGAAAAGAUGAGGUUUGAGAAGCAAGCAGCCCAGCCAGAGUGGAGGGAUCCAGAAUUCAUGAGAGAAAUUGAAGCUGCUACAGGACUGGAUCUUGGUUCCUCUAAAAAUAAUGGGAAAGGACAGAAGAAGCAAGGGAAGAAGAAAAAAUAUCCAAAUCUGACAGACCUGAAGCAACAGGCGAACACUUCUCGUUCCCGGCUUGAGAAGAAAGUCUUCAAUAAAGGUGCCAUGAAACGGGUCGUGAAAGCCAUGAACCGGGUGGACCAAAGAAAGCACGAGAAGUUUGCCAACCAGUUUAACUAUGCACUGAAUUAAACUGUUCAUCGUCUUUGCCCUUGAGUGCAACUGCAAAAAAAACCUUGAUCAAAGAUGUUUGUAUUUAUACUAAAAUACUGUGCAAGGCACAUUUUUACAGGGGUCGUUUUAAAAUUGUUUCCAAUUUUAACUUAUUUGAUAGUGAACAUUAAUUUUGGCAAAGGUGUGGUGGUACAGAAUGGAAUGCAUUUAACAAGUUGAUAAUUAUUUGAAAUGCACAUGAAAUAGAGAUGUUUUGUGAUUUGUACUCUGGGUAAAAUCUUCACAUUUCGGGGGUUGGUUUUUUUCUUUCCUAAGGGACUUUUGUAAUUUAUCCUUCCUUUGCCAGCAUGUGUGUUUAAUUUGCCUACACGCUCAUGCCUUCAGAACAAAAAAAGAUACCUUAAAAACAAUUAGAUUUCUACCACAGAUGGCAAUGCACGAAGUGUUUGCUCAGCCUACCGUUCUAGAAAGUGUGCCACAGCAAGCAGCACAGUGGUUCCUAUAGUACUUCUAAAAACCUCUUGUGUACACAUUGAAAAAAUCCAAAUGUGGUGAUUAAUAUUCCAAAGAGCCACAAGGGUCACUGUGCCACUGUUCCAGGGAUUCUUGAGCACAGGCUGAAGAUGUUAAAUUAUAAAUUCUGUUUUCUCUGCUCCCUGUGACAAGAGUGGGGAUUUUGUAUUUUGUGGUGACACUUAACCCUUCUUUGCUGGUUUAAGCAGCAAAUGUCAGCACUAGAAAGUUUCCAGCAAACAGUAGAUGCACUUUAACCCAUGGAGUUCCCGUUUUGGGCCUUUCAUAAAAAGCCCAGGGACUGAGAUUGGAAAUAGAAGUGGUAGAAGUCUGAGGGGAAAAAAAAAAAAAAAAAAAAAAAGAAGUGUGGUUAGUAAGUGAUGCUCCAUUAUAAGCGACCUGGUCAAGUGGAAUGUGUCCCUUCCUGUGGCAGGGGGGUUGGAAAAAGAUGAGCUUUAAGGUCCCUUCCAACCCAGAUCAUUCUGUGAUUCUAUCAUGCUACUCAGUCAUGUCAGUUCUAGAAUCAUGAGCUAAAACUUCCUCUCUGGACUCACUUGUCUAAUCUGCUUGUUCCUAUCGUGUCACUGUAUGCUUUCCACCUUUCCUUAUUAAAAGCACACAUGCAUGAAAGAAAAGUGUUUUCCUCGAGUGCCUCUUUCAUGCAGAAAGAGAAUUUGCAGAAUUAAGGUUUCCUGGCAAGUGACUCAGACACAGGUACCUGGACUUUGGGCCAGGUUGGUGGCCAGCAAUGACUUUUUCUAAAGCUCUUCUACUUUUCUUUUUUUUUUUCUGCCUUUUUUUAAUUUUUUGUUGUAAGUUCCCUUGUCAGGUAAGGAAUAUACUCAGUUGGAUACAAAAUUUUUAAUUCCUUUCUGCCUUGAACCAAGACAAACCAUUGACCCUUCAUAGGAGAAUGUGUUGAUCACACAUCCCCUGUAGCACUGCCUUUUUGUUAGCCUGGCCUCUUGCCAGCGUCUAUCUUCCCCUCGUCUGGUGUUUGACAAACCCUUCCUCUCCUGUGUUAAUUAUUGCCUCUUUUAAUCCGGUUAUUUCUCCAAAAGAGCAACUCAGCAUAGGUACACACAACAGGUGUUGAAUUUUGUCACUUAAGCAUUCUCAUUAGAUCUGGUCAGACAUAAUCCACAGGGUUUGGGGGAGCUCUCCUCUUCCUGGGUGUAGCUGGAGGAAAAAAAAAUUAAAAGGGCAUUGAUCUCCAAAAAUCCAGUUUACCUUCACUAAAUAGAAAUCCUUUUAAGUUCAAAACAGAGCAAUCUGCUUUUUAGAUACAUCACACUUCUUGUGUGUCACUUAACAGCAGUUUACAAAUUUGAGGUCUCUGAGCUCUCUAGUUCUGCAAAUGUCUUAAUUGCUCAACUGAUUGUGCAACAUUUCUGCUGGGACUUUUCCUGUGCUCAGGGCUUCUGUGAAAAAAAAUAAAUACAAGUAUCAUUCACAUAA